CGGGCGCGAUUGGCCGAGGCGGGCGGCGUGCUGACGUCAGAGCGCGGCGCGGGCGGCUGCGUGAGGGCCGGCGGCGCGGAGGGGACGCCAUGAGCAAGGCGCAUCCGCCCGAGCUGAAGAAGUUCAUGGACAAGAAGCUCUCACUGAAGCUGAACGGCGGCCGCCACGUGCAGGGCAUUUUGCGGGGCUUCGAUCCCUUCAUGAACCUCGUCAUCGACGAGUGCGUGGAGAUGGCGCAGGGAGGGCAGCAGAACAACAUCGGCAUGGUGGUAAUACGAGGGAACAGCAUCAUCAUGCUGGAAGCUUUGGAGCGAGUGUAGAGCCAGCGAAACCCGCCGCGGUUUGUGCAUUCCCUUCCCUGAACUUGGAGUGAAAACUUAUUCAGUGUUCAGUAGCGUAAACUUAUUUUCUUUUCUAUGAAUAAAUUUUGUAAUGGUUGAAGUAA